AACAAUGCCAUCCGGGGAGUGAAAAUAACGUUACAAGGGCAUCUUGCUGAGUAAUACUGUGAAAUUCAUACAAUUCAUCUUCAACAUGAUCCAAAGCCUACCUGACGAAUUUACUGCCAAUUCUUUUACUAACCAAAUCACACCAAUGCAAAGCUCCUCGCCUGACCCCUUCCCCGCCACUGAAUCAGAUGCUCCGAAUGCGCCGCUCAAUCCAGACACUCAUGAGGAUGAAAACCCCCAAUUCCUUAAUGUUCGACAUCAGGUGGAAUACGAAGGAGAAAUCCUCACAGUGGAUACCACCAAUUGGAGAAUAUCCACAUUACUCAAGUUUCAAAUUCUUGCUGCAUACACCAUAUUCACAUUGUUCGGUCUAGCUGAACAAACAACAGGAACAAUCAUUCCUAAACUCCAACAACACUACCAAAUCAAUGAUCUAUACACCAGUUUCAUCUUCUUAUGUGGUGUUACAGGAUACCUUACCAUGGCUCUAAUUUCUAAUAUGACACACGAAGCAUUUGGGAUUAAAGGGGUAACUACGUUGGGAACAACUUCCAUGACGGUGGCAUAUUUGAUUGUAUCCACAAAGCCACCAUUCUUUGUCUACUUGAUUUGUUCCUUUAUGAGUGGACUCGGUUGUGGUGGGUUAGAUGCAAGUUUAAACACUUGGAUGGGAAAUCUUGUUGAUUCAAAUCAACUAAUGGGAAUAUUGCAUGGUUGUUAUGGUAUGGGCAGUUUGAUUUCGCCUACUUUGGUGACUUACCUCAUGGAAAAGAAGAACAAUCCAUGGACUUGGAAUCAGUACUACAUGGUAUUAUCCUCAAUUGGCGCAUUUUGUGUUCUAUUUGUUAUCCUUAGCUUCAAGUACGAAACUCCUAAAAAGUACAGGUAUACUACGAAAAUAAGAAACAAGAAGGCUCAGGAAUCAAUUGAAAUGGACUCGAUGAAGGAUUCGUUUGAAAUUUCUCAGGAGGAAGUAUCAAUAGAUACCGAAAGCGACGACUCUUCAGCAAGUUUAGCCAAGGUGCUUAAAUCAAAGAUUAUAUGGAUUCUCUCCGUCUUUCUUUUCAUAUAUGUCGGAGCAGAGGUGGCAUUUGGGGCAUGGCUAGUCACCUACCUCAUCCGUAUCAAACAUUGGGCUUAUAAAUCUUCAGCGCAUAUGUCUACCACGUUCUGGUCAGGUUUAACUAUCGGUAGAAUGGUCCUUGGGUUUGUCACCGCCCACUAUUUUACUACUGAACUAGCUGCCAAUUUGACAUACACUGUCCUUUCAUUUGCAGGAUACACACUCUUCUGGUUAUUUUCCUUCACGAAAAUAAACUGGUUGUUAUUCGGAGUUGUAUUCGUUACUGGUGUAGUGGUUGGGCCAAUAUUCCCUACGACAAUCAUAGCAGCGGUAAAUAUCUUGCCAGCAAGCUAUCAAGUGGUUGGGAUCGGGUUCAUAUGUGCGUUUGGCGGUGGUGGUGCGGCUGGAAUCCCAUUCCUCACUGGACUAAUUGCCGAAUCCAGCGAUGCAGGGUUAUCCAUUCUUCCACUCAUUGUCAUUGUCCUCUUUGCGGUGUUGCUCGUCAUAUGGGCAUUGAUUAUUUUCAAAUACGCAAAAUCCUACAAACGCAAUAAUUUAUAGAACUUUGUAUUAAAGUGUAUAGACCUCUAUAAAACACAUAACUAUACUUUCCCGCCUUGGGCAGCCCAUUCGUCAGGAGUGAAGCCCUUCUGGGUAAACGCAUGGAUCCCCGCUAUUUCUUCCUUCAAGGCGUUGUUCACCAAUCGAUGUCUCAUUAAUUUGUUCUUGCCCUGGAAUAAAGGCGACACGAUAAUCACGGCAAAUGCCUGUCCACAUCCUCCAGACAUGUCUUCCACGGUGACGAGCUCUGCCUGUAGUCUCUCUUGUAUUAUCUGUUUGAAUGUAUCUACCGUGAGUGCUGACAUUGGGUGGUGGUGGUGGUGGUGGUGGUGCUU